GCGCGCCCGCAGACCCAGCCCCUGCCACCCCGGUGGCCCCGCACUGCCGGGGAAAGUCAGGUGGGCUUCCUGGAAGAGGCGACAGCUCGGGGAGGCGCAUUUCAGGAGGAGGGACGGCGCCGGACACCAAGAGGAGGCGGCAUUUGGGGGCGGCUCCCUCGGGCCCAGCCGCGCGAGCGCCCCGGGGCCGCGGCUGUCCCUGGUGCUGAUGCUGGGCCUCCGCGCGCGCCGGGGGGAUGCCGGCGCCUCUCCGGGCGGUCCUUUCCCCAUGAGCACGAGCGCCCACGUUCGUCCGGGACUCCUCGAUUCGGGCGGUUCUGCCUCGUUUCCCGGGGCAGCGCCAGGAGUCACCCCACACCUGCCCGCUCCCUGCGGCCCUGACCUCGGCGGGAGCUCGGCGUACGACGCGCGGCUGCGCCAGAAGGUGGCGGUGAAGAAGCUGUCGCGCCCCUUCCAGUCGCUGAUCCACGCGCGGAGGACGUACCGCGAGCUGCGGCUGCUCAAGCACCUGAAGCACGAGAACGUCAUCGGGCUGCUGGACGUCUUCACGCCGGCCGGGUCCAUGGAGGACUUCAGCGAAGUGUACCUGGUUACCACCCUGAUGGGGGCCGACCUGAACAACAUCGUCAAGUGCCAGGCGCUGAGCGACGAGCACGUGCAGUUCCUCGUUUACCAGCUGCUGCGCGGGCUGAAGUACAUCCACUCGGCGGGCAUCAUCCACCGGGACCUGAAGCCAAGCAACGUGGCCGUGAACGAGGACUGCGAGCUCAGGAUCCUGGACUUUGGGCUCGCCCGCCAGGCGGACGAGGAGAUGACCGGCUACGUGGCCACACGCUGGUACCGGGCCCCCGAGAUCAUGCUCAACUGGAUGCACUACAACCAGACAGUGGACAUCUGGUCUGUGGGCUGCAUCAUGGCGGAACUGCUGCAGGGAAAGGCCCUCUUCCCAGGAAACGACUACAUUGACCAGCUGAAACGCAUCAUGGAGGUGGUGGGGACCCCCAGCCCCGAGGUGCUGGCAAAGAUAUCUUCAGAACAUGCCCGGACGUACAUCCAGUCCCUGCCCCCCAUGCCCCGGAAGGACCUCGGGAGCCUGUUCCGCGGAGCCAACCCCCUGGCCGUGGACCUCCUGGGGCGGAUGCUGGUGCUGGACAGCGACCAGCGGCCCAGCGCGGCCGAGGCCCUGGCGCACGCCUACUUCAGCCAGUACCACGACCCGGACGACGAGCCGGAGGCGGCGCCCUACGAUGAGAGCGUGGAGGCCGCGGAGCGCACGGUGGACGAGUGGAAGGAGCUCACCUACCAGGAAGUCCUCAGCUUCAAGCCCCCAGACCCUCCACAGCCACCCAGCAGCCUGGAGAUUGAGCAGUGAGGGGCCACCCGCCAGCCACACCUGGACUCCUGGAGGGGCCUUCCCGCAUCCUGGCCCAGGACCCUCUCGCCUGCUCGGCAUGCCCAGUGGGAUUUGCACACACAUGUGAAGGCACCAAGCGUGUGCCCACACGUGUGUCUGUGUCCUCGGCUCACACCCCCCAGCCAUCGGGGUCUCCCUCUGGAUCUCACAGUGGCGGUUCUGGAUGCCACAGGGGCUGUCCCCCAGGCUUGUGUCUGUCUGUCCCCUGCUCUUCUUUGUGUCCGGUGCGAGUUCGCCAGGGCCCCCUGGACUCACAGGGAGGACCCCAGUGGUCAGAGCUGCUCAGCCAUGAAGGGGGUCUGCCUUAGGAGGGCUGAGACCGCCAGUGCCCUCCAGGCUGCACAGGAUUUCCCUGGCGGGCCGCAAGGCUGGGAAGCCACAGGCAUCAAGUCAGAAAAGCUGUCCGGGGCCCGUGUGUUCACCUGUGCUGUCUGGGCACACGUGUGCUCCUUGCAUUUAUAUGUCAGGGCGUGUGCAGAUGUGUGCUGGCAUGUGUGAAUCUGUGGGUGCCCAAGAGCCCAUGACCAGCAGGAGACCAGAGUGGGACCGCCCCUCCCUCCCACUGGGCACCCAUAAGGGGCUCGUUGGACCCAGGGGCACCUGCUUGAGCAAAUGCCUGGGCUUUCCCCUGGGGAUCUAGGGAGCCAUAGCAGGUUCCUGAGUGAGGGAGUGCUGCCAGCCAGUGAGCUGGGGUGAGGGAGGACCAGUGCCCGUCCUGCAGCCUUGAGGCCACUAAGGUGGGCAGUGGACACGGACUUACACGCAGACACUGUGGCCCCUGAACCUUGGCCACAGCUGAUGAAGAAGCCCCCGCCAGCCCUCUUCCUCUGCCCGCCCUCGAGGCCCUGCAGCUCGGUCCAUGGAUCGCCUCGGCCCCCUCCUCCCAGAAUGGAGCUGACUGACAGCCUCUGCCUGGGGACUGGACGGUGACUCCCUAUGUCGUGGGGCCGCGGGGGUCCGGAUGUAAAGUGCCUGCACACAGGGGUGCUCAAUAAAGGGCUUCCCUCCUG